CGUCGUCCUGGAUCCGGCUCUUGUUCUGAGGAGGCGGCGUCCAGAAGUCGGAAGCAGUUGCCCUAAGACACGUAAAGAUGGAAAACAGUCACUCGGGGCGUAGCAUGGAGGGGCCGGACCCCAAGGCCCCCGGCUCGGCAGCCAGCACGCGCGGCCGCACAAGCGCCGACGGCGGAGCGACUGCGAGUCGCUAUGGAACCGGACGGGACCUACGAGCCUGGAUUCGUGGGCAUUCGAUUCUGCCAGGAAUGUAACAACAUGCUGUACCCCAAGGAAGAUAAGGAAAACCGUAUUCUGCUGUACGCGUGCCGGAACUGUGAUUACCAGCAGGAAGCCGACAACAGCUGCAUCUACGUCAACAAAAUCACGCACGAAGUGGACGAGCUGACCCAGAUCAUCGCCGACGUGUCCCAGGACCCCACGCUGCCGCGGACCGAGGACCACCCGUGCCAGAAGUGCGGCCACAAGGAGGCGGUGUUCUUCCAGUCCCACAGCGCUCGGGCCGAGGACGCCAUGCGCCUGUACUAUGUGUGCACGGCCCCACACUGUGGCCACCGCUGGACCGAGUGACCGCCGCGCCGCGGGUAAUAAAUGCCAAGUACUGCA